CAUAAUUUAUUGUUUUUGUUUUGCUGUAAUUUGGCAGGUCGGUUGCGUGAUGUGCACUGGGGCAAAGCAGCCUUAACAAUGUUGGAAAGCGUACAAACUACAAAAUUAAUGUAGAAACAUUAUUAUUAGAAAUGCGUGACCUUCAUUUGUUACUUGAUCUGGGAUUAGGGCUGAUCCGUUUUCUCCGCUUUCCGCUGACAAGUGCCACAUUCCGUUCACCCUGCAGCGCUAAUCCCACCUAAUAAAGUAGUCACACAUGCAAUAUUUCUGCAUCUUGCGAUAUAGAAUUACGAGUACAAUAAUAUGUGUGUCAGGUUCCGGCGUACGCAGCUUUUACUUUUGCACAGAUACGGCUAUUACUGCCGGUAUCGAUGUGAUUACUUCAAUUUACUGGUAUCCGAUCCAUUUGCAAAUGGGCUGUCUGGUGGAAAAUGAUUGAACGCGUUCUUGGCGAGUCAGUACUGCGGCGCCUGCACAGUUUCCCAGACUCUCCACACCAGUUGGGGAAAGUUUACCUGAACUAUACCCUCGGGAGUAUUGACACUGAAUGCGGAAAAAGUCAAACAGUCUGUGAGUUAUACCCAAAAAACUUCGAUUAUUUGAUGAUCCCAAUGGGCGUGCGUGCCAUUUUCCCUGGAUGCUCUUGAUAGCGAUUAUACAAAUUCCAUAUUUCCAUUAAUGUCAUGGUCUCGGUACUGGUAAACCGGGCUAAUGAUUUAUUUAAUCAAUCCAUUUAUUCGAUAAUGGGACUGAUAUGACGCGGUAUGGCUUGAUUAACGCUGGAGUGCCCCGCGUCAAAAUGCACGAAGUAUCUUUGGCCGAUACUAGAAAUUCAGCGCUUUAAUACGAGUAUGAGUACAAUAAUGCCGCAUGGUAUUGCUAAUGUCGGGAUAUCCUGUAAGCUUUUCCGUUUAUGCUGGAGUUUUGCUGCGUUGUUGUUACAUGACUAAAUGACGCCGCAUAAAAAUCCUCGAAAUGCGCUGGUCCAAUCUGAACAUAACUUUUGUGUGUUGACCAUUCAUUAACUCACAAUGUCAGCUGGACACACGUGUAUUUCAUCGUUGGUCGAAAGCACCAUGCGACACAUCGGAGUCAUGCUGAGUAUUGUCACGUUGCUUAGCACGAUGCGGUCGGUCGUAUCGGCUAUCGAAGUAGUCCAAAUGUGUACGCUCUUGGAGCGAAAUACCGGCGGUCAGCUGCUGUACGAUUACAACCGCGCCGAGGCGGCUAUCAUCAUGGCCGUCGAUUAUGUCAACGAGGUCAUCCUGGCACCGACACACCGGAUUAAUAUUACGUACCGGAAUAUUGGCCGGACGUGUCCCGCAGAGGGAGGAUUAACUCUGGCCACGCAACAAGCGUUGGCGCUGAACGAUGCCGGGAUAAACUGCGAUGCAUACCUUGGACCAGGGUGUGGCGCGGCAGCUGAUUCCUUGUACGACCUGGCCGUGGCAUGGGAGACUCCCGUACUUGGGUGUCCAGCGGCUAGUGUUGGCUUGUUGACAUCCCCGGACUACUACAGUCGACUGACUCGCACGUCCUUCACUUAUCCAUCCCUAAAGGGCAUCCUUAUACGCUUUCUGUUAAAUUUCAAUUAUACGACACCGGUGUUUUUUGUCGACAAAGACAAUCCUUUCUUCUACGAGAUGGGAACGCUUAUUCGAUCUGCUAUGCAGUAUGACAAUCCUGAAUACUACCAAGCUAGUAAAUUUGUCGAAUUCCAGAGCUCAAAGACCAAUUUUGCCCGGCUAAAAGAACUGCUCAGUACGGCAGCGUUGAAUUCCCGAGUAUACUUUUUAUUCAUGGAUGCCAACUCAACCAGGCGGUUUUUGCUAGGGGCUCAUCGAUUGGGAUAUACUAAUGGAGAAUUUGUAUUUAUUGCUAUCGAGCUAUACGAAAACAGGUUGUGGGGGCAUUACACAUGGCAGUCAAAUGAUGAAAAUGAUGAGACCAUGCGACAAGCAUUCGAAGCCCUUCUGAUACUCUCACUACAACUGAGUCCUGACGCCGACAGCGAAAACAACAUUUUAACAUUCUGGCAAAGGGUCACCGGUCUGUCGCAGUCCGUGUAUAACUACACAUUCUCGCCCGACGAUCUUAAGAGUCCGGAUCCUAUAGUAAUCCAUUUCUACGAAGCCGUGCUCCUGUAUGGCACGACGGUACAGCGCAUGUACAAAGCUCAUCUGAAUUAUUCCAACGGACUCGAUUUCACGGCGUUUGUGGCCAACAUCAGCUUUCCGAGUCCACUGACAGGAAUGGUGUAUCUGGAUGGCAACAGUGAACGUCAGAGUGUGUACAACAUGCGCAGCUACGAUGCCCAUAGCGGCAAACAUACACCAUUCCUGCAGUUUCCUGUCCGCACCACGGACGUCGUGCCGACUGGCGCGAUGACCUUUGUCGAUAGCGACAGUCUGCCGCCUAACGAGCCGCGUUGUGGUUUCCGUAAUGAUAAUCCGGUCUGUAUUGCGGAACGACAAUCCCAUUUACCGCCCGGUGCGACGGAAGCGGCGGCCAUUGUUCCGACCAUCGUUAUCAUUGCAGCCAUUGUGGGCGGAGCAUACGCGGUGAAAAAGAUAUUCUACGAUUUGGCUGAUCCAUUCUGGUGGCGGAUUAUUCUGCAGGAUAUCGAGAUACGCACCAACACGACUACGGCACGUUCCUUAGCACGUUCUUCGGCUUUAAAAAGCUCCAAAAGUAUAACCAGCAUCCCAAAUGGGAUUACGGCUAAUGGAAAAGCACCUAGCGAGCCUCUCAGCACUAAAACGAACUCGGUGACUUCCCUGAAAGACGCCGCAGUCGAGAAACUGUCGACACGUCAGGGAACGUUUGCCGGUGUCAGUUGUUCAUUGGUGGAGCUUCCUUCUCCCAAACGGCGCGUUCCCGGCGCUUUGCCCAAAGAGGCUGCUCUGGCCCGGGGCUUAAUACACCCAAACGUGCAGAAAUUCAUCGGCAUUGCCGUCAAUGAAGAGAACCAGUGUGAUUGUGUGGUGGGAGAAGUGUGUCAAAAGGGCACUCUCAAAGACUUAAUCGAUGAUCAUAGCAUGAAUCUGGACUGGGAAUUCAAGAAUUCCUUGAUUAAAGAUUUAGCAAAUGGCAUCGGCUAUAUUCAUUUGUCCAAAAUUCGCUCGCAUGGAUUUUUGAGCGACGAAAGCUGCUUGAUCGACAAUCGUUUUAUCUUGAAAGUGGCCAAUUUUGGUUUCCCAGCGCUUAAAGAUGCGCGGGAUUUGCAGGCAUUGAAUCCCGGUCAAGAAGAUCGUGACUAUAGGAUUCUGCUUUGGCGAGCACCCGAAUUGUUGCGACGUACAAUGCCAGCAAGCGGAACACAGCUAGGUGAUGUCUACAGUUAUGCCAUUCUCUUGCAACAAAUAGUAUUACGCAGCGCUCCCUACCACAUGGGCAGCGAUGCCGGGAAGACGCGCCGAAAAGCGACCGAAGAAAUCAGCGACCGCGACAUCGUUCAGGAUGUUAAACGCGGACUGGUACCGCCAUUGCGGCCGGCCGUGCCGGUAUCCGCCUGUCCGAUGCCCUUGCACGAGUUGAUGGGCAAUUGCUGGGAUGAGGACCCCCUGGAACGACCAAACUUCACCCGUAUAAAGACUACCAUAACAAAAAUCAUUGGGAAGUCAGGGGAGAAUAUCGUCGACCAUCUGAUAAAAAGAAUGGAGCAAUAUGCUGCCGGUCUGGAGCACCAGGUCGAUAUGAAAAUGAAACAGUUCAUGGAAGAGCGGGCGCGUUCUGCCGGAUUUUUAUCAGCCAUGCUGCCAAAAUCUGUUGCGGAAGCGCUGAGCAAAGGUAUCGCUGUGAUACCGGAAACCUAUGAGAACUGUACGGUGUAUUUUGGUGACGUGCCGGGUUUCACCGAUGCCAUCGAAGAGUGUAAAACAGCUACGGAGACAGUUGACCUUUUAAAUAAAUUAUAUACUCUGUGUGAUACAACGGUGGCUUCCUUUGAUGCCUUUAAAGUGGAAUGCAUUAACGAUGCGUACUUAGUUGCUAGCGGCGUGCCGAUCCGCAACGGCCAUAAACAUGCCGAACAACUUGCUUCCAUGGCUUUGGUUUUGCGAAAAGACAUUCUCAGCCUGAAAAGUAUAACCGAUAAAGCCAGGAAUUUCAAAUUACGUGCUGGGUUACAUUCGGGUUCCUGCGUCGCGGGCGUGAUCGGAUUGAAAAUGCCACGCUACUGUUUGUUUGGCGACACCGUUAAUACCGCCAGUCGCAUGGAAUCGCAUGGCGAAACCGGUAAAAUCCACCUUAGCCCAACAACCAAAGCGCUGUUAGACCGGUACGAUGACUUCAUCGUAAUGGAGCGAGGAAUUAUAGAUGUGAAGGGUAAAGGUCCCAUGACUACCUACUGGCUCGUGGGCCGUGGAUAAUUCGGAUUUCUUCAAUCCCAAUCCAACUGUUCCGGUCUUACCAAGUCUUUUCGGUCGCGAAACGUCUGAGUUCUUUUUGCCUUAUAUUAAGUCUAGUCAGUAGAUACCAUCAGAUAAAUAAUUUUAUGAAUUAGUUCUUUUCCUGCCCUUCAAUCUUCCGUUGUAUGGCGUUAUUAAUAUGCCUGUACUUCCAUUUCAUCGGCUACGAAAUUUAAUGACUUUUAAGGGCAUUACAAUACCAAAAAGAAAUUACGAAAGCGAUGUGCUAUGCACACUAUCUCAAUGGUAACAUAAUUUUGCCGAAUUGAAUAUUCCAGAUAUUUAUUC